CCACCCGCCAUUUUGCGGCCAUACAUAUUGUUGUCCAAAACAGAUUCUAUUUUCUCGUCAUCCAAACAAUUUUUACAAACCCAAAAAAAAAAGAAAAAAAAGAAAGAGAGAGAGAGAGGAGGGGAGAGAGGGCAGUGAAAAUUUCAUAUGGUGGCAUGUUGCCUCAGGUGCCAGCUGGCCAUCGUCGUCGACAUGAAUCGGUGUACUUCGUCACCUUCGCAUCUCUGCGCCUUUAAGCCUUGCCAGUUCUCUGGCACCAGCACCAGCCUCUUCGGAUUCGGGUUCGGGUUCGGGUUCGAAUUCCAGAGGAAGGAGCGGUUCAAAAGGCGGCUUAAAUUCGUUCUCAGUGCGGAGCUUUCGAAGCCAUUCGCUCUCAGCUUCGGUUUGGACUCUCAGACCUUUCAGCCUCAUGAUUCAACACAAUCACCUAGGCUUGGCCCUAUUCCCGGAGAUAUUGCAGAAAUUGAGGCUUACUGUCGAAUCUUUAGAAGUGCUGAACGGCUUCAUACAGCAUUAAUGGACACAUUAUGCAAUCCGGUAACAGGUGAAUGUAGUGUUUAUUAUGAUUUCCCAUCUGAGGAAAAACCGCUGUUGGAGGAUAAAAUUGUCUCUGUGAUUGGUUGCAUGAUAUCCCUGUUGAACAAAGGAAGGGAGGAUGUGAUUUCUGGAAGAUCCUCCAUUAUGAAUUCCUUUCGCCUUGCAGAUGUGAGUGUAAUGGAGGAUACGCUUCCUCCACUUGCCAUUUUCAGGAGUGAGAUGAAAAGGUGUUGUGAGAGCUUGCAUGUUGCACUUGAGAACUGGUUGAUACCUGGUGAUGAUCGAAGCUUGGAUGUAUGGAGGAAACUUCAGAGACUGAAGAAUGUCUGUUAUGAUUCUGGUUUUCCUCGCGGGGAGGAUUAUCCAUGCCAUACUCUUUUUGCGAAUUGGACUCCUGUUUACAUAUCCUCUUCUAAAGAGGACAGUAGGUCCGUAGAUCCAGAAGUAGCUUUUUGGAGGGGUGGCCAGGUAACAGAAGAAGGUCUCAAGUGGCUACUGGAGAAAGGAUAUAAAACUAUUGUUGAUCUUAGGGCAGAGACUGUUAAAGACAAUGCUUAUCAGUCAGCCAUAGAUGAUGCUAUUGCAUCUGGGAAAGUUGAAAUGGUCAAAAUUCCAGUUGAAGUUGGGACGGCACCUUCAAUGGAGCAGGUUAAGAACUUUGCACGUUUGGUCUCAGAUUGCAGCAAAAAGCCUAUCUAUCUUCAUAGUAAGGAAGGAGCACUCAGAACUUCUGCCAUGGUCUCCAGAUGGAGGCAGUACUCAACUCGCUAUGGUUUGCAGUUUGUCUCCAAGCAGUUGACCGCUCUCAAUGAUGUGGUACUACGAGAUACAAAUGGGGCAGGGAAAGUGCUUGAGCUUUCCACUUCUGAGAAAAUUUUUCAACUGGAAAAGAAUGAGUCACUGCAAGAGGGACUGGACACAAUUAUUGGUUCAAAUGGGGUAUUGCCCAAAGAAGUUUCUCCGGAUAGGGACGAAACAAAUCAGAGCUUAAAUGGGGCAUAUAAUGACCUUAUGUCUGUCCAAGAUUUGUCAUCAGUAGAACCGGAUCAAAAUGGGGAAGGACCUAGGGUGAACUUUUGCAGGGAAGUUGACCCCCUGAAUGCUCAGGUUCCCCCUUGUAAUGUAUUUUCAAGAAAAGAAAUCUCCGGGUUUCUUGGGGGAAAAAAAAUCUCACCUAACUCUUAUUUUAAUUAUCAGUUGAAAAGGUUGGAGACAUUACCAAUUUCCAGAGUUAUGAAUAUUAAGACAAUGCGGAGAGGUGGGAUUCUUGGUACUGAUUCAGCACCAGAGCUUGUGGAGGUAGGAAAUUCACAUGGGCCACCUUAUGGGAGAGAUCUAUCUCCAGAGGUCCAGACCUCUACUUCUGGCAAUGGGACGCAUUUUACUAGAGUUAGUUCUGGUUCCGUUCUUCCAGUUGUGAAUGGAUUUGGUGAAAGGGAUCAAACAACAGCUAAUGUAUCUACUACUCUGAGCAGUAAUUACGAUGAAAGUGUCUUACCUAAAGAAGUAAAGGUGGAUAGGAAGAGUAAUGGUAGAGCCAAUUUACUUUCAGGUGAUGAUGACCUGGGGUCAAUUGAAGGAAAUAUGUGUGCUUCUGCAACUGGUGUUGUAAGGGUGCAAUCAAGAAAGAAAGCAGAGAUGUUUUUAGUUCGAACGGAUGGAUACUCUUGUAGCCGAGAGAAGGUGACAGAAUCCUCCUUGGCCUUCACUCAUCCAAGUACCCAGCAACAAAUGCUAAUGUGGAAAUCCACACCAAAGACUGUAUUAGUGUUGAAGAAGCUGGGGCAAGAACUCAUGGAACAAGCUAAAGAGGUUGUCUCGUUUAUGUAUUACCAAGAGAAAAUGAAUGUUCUGGUGGAACCAGAAGUGCAUGACAUAUUUGCUAGAAUCCCAGGGUUUGGAUUUGUUCAGACCUUCUAUAGUCAAGAUACCAGUGAUCUGCAUGAGAGGGUUGAUUUUGUGGCAUGCCUGGGAGGAGAUGGGGUUAUACUCCAUGCUUCAAAUCUAUUUAAAGGUGCUGUUCCCCCAAUUGUAUCAUUUAACCUUGGAUCUCUUGGAUUUUUGACUUCCCAUACAUUCGAAGACUAUAUGCAGGACUUAAGGCAGGUGAUCCAUGGGAAUAACACAAGUGAUGGUGUUUAUAUAACUCUUAGAAUGCGGCUCAGGUGUGAAAUUUUUCGAAAUGGUAGAGCAAUGCCUGGGAAAGUAUUUGAUGUCUUGAAUGAAAUAGUUGUUGAUCGAGGGUCUAAUCCGUAUCUUUCUAAGAUUGAAUGUUAUGAACAAGACCGGCUUAUAACGAAGGUCCAAGGUGAUGGGGUCAUCAUAGCCACACCUACAGGAAGUACUGCAUACUCCACAGCUGCUGGAGGUUCCAUGGUGCAUCCAAAUGUUCCUUGCAUGUUAUUUACACCAAUCUGUCCACACUCCCUCUCAUUUAGACCAGUUAUACUUCCAGAUUCUGCAAAGCUUGAAUUAAAGAUUCCAGAGGAUGCUCGAAGCAAUGCCUGGGUUUCUUUUGAUGGAAAGAGAAGGCAGCAACUCUCAAGAGGAGACUCUGUCAGAAUAUCUAUGAGCCAACACCCACUUCCGACUGUCAACAAGCGUGACCAAACAGGUGAUUGGUUUCGAAGCUUGAUUCGUUGCCUAAAUUGGAACGAAAGGCUAGAUCAAAAGGCCCUUUGAAACAUUUGAAACUGGAAAGGAACCUGUUUCACUCUUCGUUGUUGAUCAAGUGUAUAAUAUUGUACAUAUUGUAGAUUAUAGGAAAUCAAACUGAGAGUAAAUAUACUCUUUCUCAAUAGCUCCCACAAGAGGGUGGAAUUUUACGUAUACACUGUCCUUUCUUGUCGAAAGAUUUAACUGUAGAUUGUCAGUAUAGAGCAAUAAAAUUAUACUUAAAACUCUUUUAUGGAUGUAUACGAUUGAUCCAUGCUUUAUUUUCAUA